AUUUGACAAAGUGUCAAUUGUCACAAGUGCCAACAAAUUUUCUCUUUUCCUCAAAUCCACACAGCGAGGAACCACCACCAACAAAAUGACCAACUCAAAGGGUUACCGUCGCGGUACCAGGGACUUGUUCUCCCGUAGGUUCAAGAAACGGGGAGUCAUCCCGUUGUCUACGUACAUGAAAGUGUACAAAAUCGGCGACAUUGUGGAUAUAAGGGGCAACGGAGCGGUGCAAAAGGGCAUGCCCUACAAAGUCUACCACGGCAAGACUGGACGUGUAUUUAACGUUACCCCACACGCUUUAGGAGUAAUUGUUAACAAAAGAGUACGUGGUAGAAUCAUCCCAAAAAGGAUCAACAUCCGUAUCGAGCACGUAACUCACUCCAAGUGCAGGAGGGAUUUCUUGGAUAGAGUAAAGCUAAAUGAAAAAUUGCGUCGUGAAGCUAAAGAAAAGAAUGUUAAGGUUGUUUUGAAAAGACAACCUGCUCAACCAAGGCCUUCUCACAUUGUCAGCGGCAAGGAGGGUGCGAUCAAGUUGGCUCCAAUUCCUUAUGAGUUUAUUGCUUAAGAUUUGAAUAAAUAGAUUAUAAACAAAUAUGAGUUUUGUUUUCUUUAAUAAUACCAUAAUACAUUGA